AUGGAACUAGUGCUAGUAUUACUUAUCUUGUCAAUUCAGCCAUUGUUUGGUUUGGGAUUUUCGUUUCUAGACGCAUCUAGUCUAUAUGCAUCAUUACUCCAUGAAAAAGAUUUAUCUGAACUCCAUUUGACCUUGCUGGAAAUUAAAUCUUCUUUUAGUGCUAAGUAUUUUGGAAAAGCCCUGAACAACGAUAUUUUGCCAGAUUUUGAUAUAGACGUUAGCGAGUUAUGCAAAGAUGAUCUCACUACUAUUUUUAAUGGAAUUAGAAAUACGGAAGACUGGGCGCUGCAAUGGCUUGAUGCAAUGGGUAAGCCAACACCGGCAAUCACGCAUGGCGGAAUUAAUUGGCCUGGCAGUUACGAACAGUGUCAGCAAGUUUAUUUCCAAAAUUAUACAAGCGAAAACCAAGGCCAUUAUUGUACCAUCAAAGUUCCUUUGUUAAACAAUAGCAUCUUGAUGUUAAACAUCGGAGUUUGUGCUCCAUCCUCGUGCAAUAAAUCGGAAGUUAUUAAUGCCAUGAAUGUUGGUAAUUAA